CCUUUUGACCACAUUUUGCGAGAGCGCUGUCAUUGAGAAACAUGGCGGCGUCCACGGGUGUUGCGGAUGGUGCUCCUUCGGAUUUACAAGGUUCUGGCCCGAGCAUGGAAAGCCCUACUCUUCAAUACAGUAUGAUUCUGGAUCAUCUCAUAGGCGACAAGAGGCCUGUUAAGGAACUGAGCCCCGGUGUGAUGGGUGGACUGCCGGUGCCUAUCAAAAGCGACGAGCAGAAGAUGAUCGAGAGGGGAAUGGAGAGCUGUGCCUUCAAGGCGGUGCUGGCCUGUGUGGGAGGAUUUGUCCUUGGAGGAGCUUUUGGUGUUUUCACAGCUGGCAUUGACACCAAUGUUGGCUUUGACCCCAAAGACCCGUUAAGAACCCCAACAGCACGAGAAGUCCUCAAAGACAUGGGCCAGAGGGGGAUGUCAUAUGCCAAGAACUUUGCCAUCGUGGGUGCCAUGUUCUCUUGCACAGAGUGCAUCAUUGAAUCACAUAGAGGGCAAUCUGACUGGAAGAAUGCAGUGUACAGUGGUUGUGUAACUGGAGGAGCCAUUGGAUUUCGUGCGGGCCUGAAGGCUGGGGUGCUGGGAUGUGGAGGCUUUGCUGCAUUCUCCGCUGCCAUUGAAUAUUAUUUGCGGUAAAGGACAGAAAAGUAUUUCCAUGGACAAAGACUUCAUCAAGUACAUCUGAACGAGUCAGUUCAAGAUUUAAGAUGGAGGAUUCCUGCAACAGUAGAACCCUCACAUUUGGUGGAAGAGAGAAGUUCCUACUUGUGCACAGCGUUUUUAAGAGAUAGCAAUGUGAAGUGAAAGGACAUGAUAGUGUUUGCCAGUGUCUCAUUAUUUUGUCAUAUGGACAGUUUGGGCAAAACCAAACAACUUCCUGUGGAGAAUCUCAAAAUGCUAAGCAUUGAGGAACAAUGCUGUAGGGGUUCCAGACAUGUUACAGUUGUUGUGAGUGACAUUACUGUUCUGAGUAAAAGACACCAUAACAAAUGCUGGUAAGGUUUUUAUUGGUAUAUUGUGUCAGCAACUAAUUUACAUCAAUUUUUUGUUAAAUAUAUAUUUUUUCUUAACCUUCAAUAGUUUUUACCUUGAAAUUAGCAAUGCCAGCAAGAAAGAAUGGUACAUUGCCUUUAAUGUCUACAUUGGAGCUGAAAUUCCGGGAAAUGUCUUGCCUUUGUUCUUGUUAUAGUUUUUGUGUGUUUUAUUUAUACACAUAUUAAAAAUCUAUUUGAGGGGUGCAGGUUUAUGUCAGCAGUUAAAGCAUGUGCCCCAUGUACAAAGGCUAUAAAUUAAAGAUUAAGUGAAGAUACAGUU